AUGUCCCUUACAUUUGACGAUUGUGAUGCCUUUUUGGCGUCGUUCAAUGAUCAAAAGCAUCAGAAUGGUAAGCCUAUCCAGCAGCCAAUGAUGAUGCAACAACCUCCAGACAUGUUUUAUAUAUAUAACAAUGUCAAUGUUAAUGCUGAACCAAAUGAGUUAUUGUUUUCUAGCUUCAACCCAAAUGCUUCUGAUCUCAAUGAUUUCUCUACUUUGAAUUUUGGUCAGCCAUUGCAAUUACAGCAGCAGCAACAACAACAACAACAACAAAUGUCAUCAAACAUUCAGCAACCAAUGUCGCUAUCUAACACCAUGAUGUCCAAUGACCAAUCAUUUUCUGAUCAUUUGUCACCAGAUAGUUUCACCUCUUCCAAUGAAACUCAGAGUAGUAGUCCUGACGUUAUACAUGACCACCAGGACCAUAUAAGUAACAAUAAUCGGGCAGAUGAAUUGGAAGUCAUAAGCAAGUUAUUGUCCAAUGAUGAUCUGAAAUUCAACCCAGAAAACAUCAAAUUGGAACUGCAAACGAUUCCUAAAUCGAUCCAGCCAAAACGCGCUUCCAAUAUAAAGAUCAAACCUUUGAGCUCGUCAAAACCAAUUGCUUCGACUGUGAAUGUUAAUAGUAAGACCAAAGUCAACAGCAAGGUCACCAAGCCAAAGAAGGAAAAAUCGUCUCAUAAUAUGAUUGAGAAAAAAUAUCGUACCAAUAUUAAUGAUAAGAUCAAAUUGCUUAGAGAUUGCGUUCCUUCGUUGAAAGUCCUUACCGUUGAUAGUGGUGAUGAAUCUGUGGAACUCGAUGGUUUACAACCUGCCAAAAAGUUGAACAAGGCGACGAUUUUGUUAAAAGCAACAGAGUAUAUCAAACAUUUGGAAAUGAAGAAUUAUCAAUUGAUGGAGGAAAAUAAGACCUUGAAUUGUGCUUUGCUGAACCUGGACUCCAGAAAAAGUUCGACCAUUAGUAUUUCUAAUGAUGAUAUCAUGUCUCAUCAUCAUCAUUCCUCCAGCCUUAGUAGUCCUGCUACCAGCACCUCUUCAUCAUCUCAUGAUGCUGGGUAUUAUACCAACAACUAUCAGCAACAACCUAAAAGCCUUGGCUCAAAGAUCUUGAUGGGAUCUCUCGCUUGUGUGGUGGGGUCUGGCGCCUUAGAAGAUUUCAGAGCUGGCGGUGAAGGUAAUUCGCGAUCUUUGAUGUCCGUUCCUAUGUUGAUGUAUAACUCUGGUUCCCAAACUAAUGGAUUAGAUUUCCCUGGGAAAUUAUUCAGUUUGCUUGGAAAAUUUGCACUUGUAUUAUGGUGUGCUUGUUACAUUUUGAACAUUAAUUUGAUCAAUGUUGGUAAUGGGUUUGAAGGGGUAUUGACCCACUCCAGUGACAAGCAAGGGGCUCGCAAUAAUGGAGUGAGAUCUUAUUUGCAAAUGUUUAAAAGAUUCUUUGCUUCGAUAGUGGCUCCUUCCACCCAUGUAAUUGCCAACGAUCUAUAUGGUCAAAUCAAUAAGCAUUUGAUGCAUCAUUACGAUAACAUUAAUGAGAAUGUUAAUAAUGGUGAUGGUAAUAUCGAGGGCCAUACUAAUCACCAAAGUGUUGAAAGAUUGAGAUUAUUGGCGGAAUCAAUGAUGUAUUUCCCUAAUAGAAAUUUGACACCUUUGCAGAAUUCUAAGAUGCAAUUCAACAAGUCGUUGCUCGUGAAAAUUUUGACAAAUGAUUGCAAUUUCGUGGUGAUGAGAAUCGGCGAUUGGUUAGCUAAUAAUUUUUACAACUCUGCCAAAGACUUGAUUGAUGAACACAAGGAUGAUAAUGAUAAAUUUGUUAAUUUGUUGAAGUCUUGUGACUACGAAGAGAUUUUCCAACCAUCAUUGAUCUCUCGGAUUGUUAAAGCCCGCCCUUCGCAAGAUUUGGCGAUUCUGGAACUUAUUGGUUCGUGGAAAGUCCAGAAUUAUCUUUCAGAAAUCCUUUACAUCAUGGUGGACUCUUUGUUUGAUUUGCCAACCAUUGCCUCAGAAUGUCAAGAAUUGAUUUCUAAUGCUACCAAUAUUUGUGCUGAUCAAGCAAUUGAAUCAUUGACUUUGCAAAUGAUGACUGCGUUGUUCAACCCUACUGAGGCCUCGAUACGUAAAUCUUUGGAAAUGUUAGAAUUGUUUGGUGGAUAUGAUGAUGAUAAUGAAGUGGUUAUGAAAUCUGAGGAAUUGAUUAACGUGAACUAUUCAUUGUUCGUAUCAUGUAUCAUGGUGCAACAUAUUUUGCAAAAGAAGAACUUGUCCACUGGCCUGAAACUUGAACAAAUAUCGCAAGUGGUGUCAAAGCUUGGAGAAAUCGAUCCAGAAUCAGUCAAUAUUGACAAUGCUAAUAAUAAGACCAACAAUGGGAAUCAUAACCCAGCCGCCGCCGCCAUCAGUGCUUUGAACUUGGACCAUUUGGGUAUAACCUUCCUCAUGAUGCUUACAUUUCAAAUCCAUAACUUUGUGAACUCUUCUAAGGGAUCAACUUACGAAAUCCCAUUUGUCAAGUCCUCCAUUCUUUAUCAUUUGGAAAAGUUCAUCGGGGCGGGAAGAAUUUGGCUUGGGUCCCCUGAUGGAUCAAAGAUUGAUUUCGGUACGAGAACCAGCAUGAUCCAUCAUUUUGUUGAAUUAAACAUGAAGAUCAAUGAGUUGGAAAUUGAUGAGGAAGCUUCUUUAGAACAAGAGCCAUUUAAUGAUUCUGAUGACGACGAUGUUGGUAGUGAAAUUACCAUGGAUAGUGAAGUGACCAUGGUUGGUGCGGAGAAUUAUUACAUUGGGCAUAAUUAUUUGUGA